GCCACUGACAUUAGAUACCAAAGUGGGCUGAAAUGUAAAAAAAAACACCGCGUCUUGUCGCGUCGCCCAGAAGCUGCCUGUUCGCCGUGUGACGCGACGGAGAGCGAGCCACCACGAGAACAUGGGGAUCUUCCGACGCUCGACUCUGAUUCGGGCCCUUCUGCUGACUAGCCUGCUGUGCCUUCACGCUGCUCGUGGAAACUGCGCUCCAUCCUCUCAGCAGCCACGUUCUAGCGCGGGCCGACCAGCCGCCGGAGGCGAGGUCGAGCAAAGCGAAGGCUUCGGGCGGACGCCAGCCAACGUCUCGCCGGAGGGUUCGGGAUCUUCGGGGAAUGCAGGGGAGCUGCGGACUUCGAGAAUUAAAGCGUUUUGGAAGAAGUGGGACCUGGGUUGCCGUUCGCAGCGUAAGGAAGGAUGGAAGGAACACGCAAAAUGGAACCUUCUUUCUUAGGAAAGGUCGAUUUUGGCUUCGCCUGUCAACAACCGCAGUUCGAAUGGUUUCUCCACAAGUGCCUUAACUGACAAACGCAUUGAAAAAAAAGCGAGGAAACGAAAUACAAAAUGGAAAC